GGCCUGGCGGGGAGGGCCGGCGGCGGGAGCGCGGCGAGCAGCCAUGAUGCAGGAAGGCUCUGACGACGGCCCAGAUUUCCUCUCGGAGGAGGAUCGAGGUCUUAGAGCAAUAAAUGUCGAUCUCCAGACUGAUGCUGCUCUGCAAGUGGAUAUCUCAGAUGCACUCAGUGAGAGGGACAAAGUGAAGUUCACUGUCCAUACAAAGAGUUCCUUACCAAAUUUCAAACAAAGUGAGUUUUCUGUUGUUCGGCAGCAUGAAGAGUUUAUUUGGCUUCAUGAUUCCUUUGUGGAGAACGAGGACUAUGCUGGCUAUAUUAUCCCACCAGCGCCACCCAGGCCUGACUUUGAUGCCUCAAGGGAGAAAUUGCAGAAGCUUGGAGAAGGAGAAGGAUCGAUGACUAAAGAAGAAUUCACCAAGAUGAAACAAGAACUGGAGGCUGAAUAUUUGGCAAUAUUCAAGAAGACGGUUGCAAUGCAUGAAGUAUUCUUGUGUCGUGUGGCAGCACACCCUAUUUUGAGAAAGGACUUAAAUUUCCACGUCUUCUUGGAAUAUAAUCAGGAUUUGAGCGUUCGUGGGAAAAAUAAGAAGGAGAAACUGGAAGACUUCUUUAAAAAUAUGGUCAAAUCAGCAGAUGGUGUCAUUGUUUCAGGAGUAAAGGAUGUGGAUGAUUUCUUUGAACAUGAAAGGACAUUCCUUGUAGAAUACCACAAUCGAGUCAAAGAUGCCUCUGCCAAAUCCGAUAAAAUGACAAGAUCACAUAAAAAUGUGGCGGAUGACUAUAAUAGAAUCGGUUCUUCAUUAUAUGCAUUAGGAACACAGGACUCCACAGAUAUAUGCAAGUUCUUUCUGAAGGUAUCAGAAUUAUUUGAUAAAACAAGGAAAAUAGAGGCCCGGGUAUCUGCUGAUGAAGAUCUUAAACUUUCUGAUCUUCUGAAAUACUACUUAAGGGAAUCUCAAGCUGCUAAGGAUCUCCUAUAUAGAAGAUCUAGGUCACUAGUGGAUUAUGAAAAUGCUAAUAAGGCAUUGGAUAAAGCAAGAGCAAAAAACAAAGAUGUGCUGCAAGCUGAAACUACUCAGCAGAUAUGCUGUCAGAAAUUUGAGAAAAUAUCUGAAUCGGCAAAACAAGAAUUGAUAGACUUCAAGACAAGAAGAGUUGCAGCAUUCAGAAAAAAUUUAGUGGAACUAGCAGAACUGGAAUUAAAGCAUGCUAAGGGUAACUUACAGCUGCUGCAGAGCUGCCUGGCAGUGUUAAAUGGUGACACAUAAGCUACGCUCCGUCCUCCCGCUAACAAGGGCUGCCCUCCUGGAUUUUGUUUUCAUGACUUUAAGUAGGCAUUUACAGUUCCCUGGAGAAAUUGUUUGACGAAGUGCACAUAAGCGAGCUCUUCCUUUCAAAAGAGUUGAAACAAAGACCUGAAAGUAGCUCAAGAAUAUACAAAGCAACAGCUUACUUGUUAUUAAUGCAUAUUCAUGUUUGUUUAAUCAUUAUAUGCUUUCAUUGUUCAGAAACCAAACGCUCUGUUUUUGUGAAACUAGACAAUAUAAUUAUGUUCAUGUUAUGAAUACUACGAUACAGCUGCCAAUCAUUUACCUUUGUAAGUAAUUUCAGAAGUUCACCAUUUGAAGUACAUCGUUCAAAUGGCUUAACUAUUACCAUUAGAUAUUUGAAUAUUGUUACUAUAAUGCAUUGUAUACACUGUCUUAGUUUUUUCCAUUUACUGAUAUCAAGGAACUUAAUCUUUUUUUCAAUUGUGAACAUUUCUUAGAAGUUUUGAAGAACUUUGUGUAACCUUUAUAACUAUGAUUUAAAAGGAAAAGCAAAUACAUUAGUAUGUUUGCCUUAACUUGUAGACUAAUCCAAUUAUUGUAAAAUAAACCAUGAAAUCAAUGAUUUUUCUAAAAUUAUGCAGACAUUGUAUCAUCUAUAAGCUUAAUAUUUUCUAGUAAAUCAGAUUAAGUAGAUUUUUCUCUUCAUCCUGUAAAACAGGUACCACAUUGGUUUGACAUGAAGUACUCUCCUGGUAAUUUUUCACUUGCGUUCUCAGGUUUAUCCGUUUGCUUCUGUUCAUCUGUGACGUUCCUAUCCAGCAUAGUUUUGACCUUAGUGGCUGACUUUUCAUUUUCUUUGGCAGAAGUGUUUUUUAAGGGAACUAGCAGGUUUCUUUCCAGAAGGGGAAAGUAAACUGGCAGGAGGGUAUUCAGUAGAAAAGUUAAUACUGCCCCACUUUUAUACAAAUGAGAAGCUUUGCUUCAGAAAAUAAGUAGUAAAGGCAUACCCAAUAAAGGAAUGCCUCGCUGUAUCUCCUGCUAACUGGAUUUAGAGCUCUAGACACCUCAUGUUGUUUGAAUCCACGGUCGCUCAUUUGUUGAAUGCUUUCUCACUCUCCCUUGAACCACACGUCCUUUCCAAGAGCUGCUGUUCUCUUGUAUAAUCUCAGAAUGUCAUAAAAUCAGGCUUUACUUGAUAAAUCACUCAUCACAGGGGGAUUGCCGCUUUGUAGGGGUUUGCAGCCCUUCAGUAGAGCAGCAGAAUUCCAGUCAAUGGCAGUUUUGUUUGGAGAUGCUGACCGAUGUCAGUGGCCGUCUCUAAUUACACUCUCCGGUACUGCUGCAAGGAGGGCUAGGUUUAUUUCCAAAUAGGGUGAAUUGCACAGUGUAGUAAACCACAGCACUGCACAUGGAAUGUUUCUAAGACAGAAGAGGUUCCUCAGCUUCACGUUCUCUUUGCAUUGAGUUGCAUAGGCAUAGCCUCAGACUUCUGGUUAUCAGUGCCCAGUGGCUAUUAGCAACUCACGUCAUGUAUAUACUAUUUUCUAUUAAUGGCAACUACACUAAUACUGUGCUGUUCAUCUUCCAGAUAUAAAGGUAUAAUUCCUAAGGAACUCAUCUAUAAAUAGACUAUAACGGACAAAGACUUCAAUGUAUAUACAGUUAACACAAUUGUAAAUAUUUUAAGUAGGAUUGUGGGAACAGUUUUUAGACUAGUCCUCGUUGUUCGGUGUUAGUAGCUCAUUAAAUUUUUUUCAAGCCUC